AUGGCCGCCAGCCAUAUCGAAAGUCAAUUAGGGUUUCUGAAGCGGAAUCCUAUCUACAACACCGUCAAACCCUACAGUCUCCGGUAUGAUCCUGAAGAUGGAACGCCUCGCCAGAAUAUCGAGACCGAUAUGGUCCCGGUCACCAUUAACGACGCGCGAUCCCUUCGUCCGACGAUUGAACAGCACGGUUUUGCCUUGACUUCCAUUCCCACGGCCAUGACUUAUGAUGACUUCUUCAAUCAGGACAAGAUCGACAGGGUAUAUGCGGCCGAGUUGCAAUCUCAUCUCAAGACGUUCUUCAACGUGCCCCAUGUCAGGGUGAUCGACUACGCCGUGCGACGUCGGCAUCCAGAGUUUCCAGUAUCCACGGGCAGGCAAUACGAGCACCAGCAGCCAGCCGCCCUUGUACAUCUGGACUUCUCUCAUGAGGAGGCCGUCAAUAUGUUGGAGACACUCUAUGGAUGCAACGCCAGCCAGGUGUUGAAGCACCGCUGGCAGAUCAUCAACGUUUGGCGGCCGCUCAAAGGUCCUCUGUAUGACUGGCCUCUUGCGGUAUGUGAUGCGCAAACAUUCACGCGGAGUCGCGAUUCCCAGAGUGCCGACGCUGUGUACCCGGAAUCGGUCUACGAAAAUGUUUUGGUUCAUCAUCACCCAUCUCAGCAGUGGUAUUACUUCCCUGGGCUUCUAGAGACGGAGACGAUGCUGUUUAAAUGCACGGACUCGGACACGACAGCCAGUGGGCCAUCUCCCCAUGCUGCCUUCCCUCUCCCACGGACAGCUGGGACCUCGAAUUCCCCACGAGAGAGCAUUGAGUCGAGAGCCUUUAUUUUAUGGGCGCCGUUGGAGCAGCUUCCACAAGAGGUUGGACCUUUGUAUGGCAAGCGUGGCUGA